AUGUUUACAAUUUUUAUACCUUUAAGAUUUUUACAGCCUUGGUCAAAUAUUUGUUAUUUGCAUUUGUAUACUGAUUUAAAUUAUUUAUUAACUAUUAUAACUCGAAAAACUUCGUUUGAUUCGUGGUGUGUGAAAAUGGAUUAUGAUGAUGAUGAUUUUUAUGAAUAUCCAGACGAUCUGGAACACAGUUUGGGUCCACCACCACCACUAAUGUCUGAAAAUAUGUUUGGGAAUCGUUACCAAAAUGCAUACGGCUUAUAUUCUGGGGGAUAUGGGCCUAUGGGGCGUGAGAUGGGUCGGUUUGGCCCUCCAGGCUUCCCUGGACCACCCCUCGGUUUCGGCCCACCAAUGCCUUACCCUGGCCCUCGAGGGCCUGGAUUGUGGGCUAAAGGACCACCGUUUCCUUCUAGACCACAAAAGAAUGAAGCUAUCAAAUAUUUAAUUAAGUGUGGGGUCCCUCGUGAGCAUUUGAGGAACUUGCCCAGGGAUCUUUUGGAACUUAUUACACCUAAAUAUUGCGGCCUCUGUGCUGUGGAGUUUGAAACUUUUGUUUUGGCUCGCGUGCAUUACAUUUCCAAAAACCAUCUUAAAAAUCAAAAGAAAUGGCAAGUCAAUCAGGGGCAACUUAAUAAUGCGAGCAGGGCGCCUCUCAAGUCCCGCGACCUGUACUGCGAGCUGUGUGACGUCGAGAUCACAUCAAAGACCCACUCCGAGUCUCAUUACUCUGGGAAGGCACAUAAAAGUAUAGUCGAGGGACGCAAGAAACCGAAGAACCCCAUCCUGCUGCAGCCAGGCAUGGAGGAUCGCGUAAAGAACCUCAUUCGCCGGGAGAAAAAGUUCGUUCAUAUGUCGGAGCCGAGUGAGCCAGCAGCGCCGUCUAACGCGGAUGAACUGGCCAAGGUUCCACCAGAACUUCAUUGCGCGAUUUGUAAGACAUUUGUCACUUGUUCAGAACAAAUGACUUUACAUUUGAACGGGAAGAAACAUUUGAACAAGGAGAAGCAGCACAUCUUAAGGAUGAUGAAGGGCGAACAAACGGGAAAUGAUGCAAUGCCAAAGGCCUCCGCCGUCGCUGAAGGUGACCUACUGCUUGCACUCGACGUGGAAUUGGAGAAACUGCCGCCUAUUGAAGACCAAGAAGACAGGAGAGAUGAUAGUGUCAAUAAGACUUCGACGGAGCAAGCAGAGAAUGUAAGCUCUGACUGGGACAAUGAUUACGGAACCUGGGAUGAGCCCGAGACACUUAACUAA